AUGAUUCAUAAUUAUAAUGAUGCAAUUGUAUGGGUUGAUAAGGUUUUGUCUAUUGAUCCUAAACAUUGCAACUCAUUAUAAAUAAAAGGUAGACAGAUCAUAUACUAAUGAAUUAGCUAAUUCUCUAAGAAUGAUUGGGAAAUAUAAUGAUGCAAUUCUAUGGGCUGAAAAAGCUUUGUCUAUUGAUUAAAAGGAUGUCAACACAUUAUAUACAAAAGGUAUAAAAUCACACAUAUGUGCAUUAGCUCAUUCUUUAAGUAUGCUUGGGAAUUACAAUGAGGCAAUUACAUGGGCUGAUAAAGCUUUGUAAAUUAAUUCAAAGGAUGCAAACUCAUUAUCAAUAAAAGGUAUAAAAAUUGUUACUUAAAUGUUUAGCUCAUUCUUUAAGUAUGCUUGGUAAAUAUAAUGAUGCAAUUAUAUGCGCUGAUAAAGUAUUGUCGAUUGAUUUAAAGGAUGCCAAGUUAAUAUAUACGAAAGGCAAAAAAAUAAUACAUAAAUUUAUUAGCUCAUUCUUUAAGUAUGCUUGGGAAUUACAAUGAUGCAAUUAUUUGGGCUGAUAAAGCCUUAUCAAUUAAUUCAAAGGAUAUGAACUCAUUAUAUACAAAAGGUAUAAAAAUCAUAAAAAAAGUAAAAGCUCAUUCUUUAAGAAUGAUUGGGAAAUAUAAUGAUGCCAUUAUAUGGGCUGAAAAAGCCUUGUCUAUUGAUUAAAAGGAUGUCAACACAUUAUAUACAAAAGGUAUAAAAUCACACAUAUGUGCAUUAGCUCAUUCUUUAAGUAUGCUUGGAAAUUACAAUGAGGCAAUUACAUGGGCUGAUAAAGCUUUGUAAAUUAAUUCAAAACAUUUCAAAUCACUACAUACAAAAGGUUAUGCAAAGUUUUCUAAAAUAGGUGAUUCAUUAAGGUGGUUGGGUAAAUAUAACGAAGCUCUUAAGAUUUAUGAAAAAGCAUUAGAUUGUGAUCCAAAUCAUUUCCCAUGUUUAAGUAGUAAAGGUUGAUUUUAUUUUUAUUUAUAUAGGACUAUGUUUACAAUAAUUAGCAAAAUAUUCAGAAGCCAUUAUUUUAUACGAUAAGGCUAUAUAGAUUGAUCCAAAUUAUUAAUGGGUCGUAGAUAGAAAAGGUAUUUCUUCAUUUCUAUAAAUAGUUGAAUGUGAGAAAUAACUUAACAUAUAAAAAUAAAGAUGA